CCGCCUUCUCUUUCAUCUCUCCCCUCUUGCUCGUGUUCAUGGCGCAGUUUGUGGGAAAGGUAAUCGGCACGCAGAUGAUGAAGACGGCCAAAGUCGAAGUCACGAGAAUGGUACUGCAUCCACACGUUCUGAAGUACGUAAAGCGUCGUAAGAAGUACCUAUGUCACGACCCCGAGUCAUCGUGUCGCGUGGGGGACCUGGUGAUGAUACGGAGCUGCCAGCCGCUCAGCAAGAGGAAGCACUUCAACGUGGCCGAGAUCCUGGAUCUCAGUCCGGCUCACCGAGCAGAGAUAGAGCGAGAACAGGGGAGACUGGGAGAACUAGAGGGUACACCUGGUACUACUGCAACUGAAGGUAGCAGUAGCUGAUUUAUAUCUAUUCUCAUUUCAUUGUCACACUGCGUAUAAUAUGGCUCAUACAGU